CUGAAACGACAGCGUUUUCUCCUCUCCUUCCCGUGCACGGCGGCGUGAGAUCCAUUCUGCCACCGGCGAUCUCACUUCCACCGCUUCUAGACUCUUACGGCGGUUCCCGCGUUCAAAUCGAACAAGCGUCGUUUAUUUGCUGAAUCCUCCUCCUCGUUCGUUCUGUACCCCAGGUUCCUCACUCUUGGGAAAUACAAGCUUAUGCUGGUAAAACUUGUGACGCAAGAAGUUGAUGGCAUCAGGUGAAGGUGAUACUGGUGGAAUGAUGGAAAGUCACGGGGAAGAUUCUUCAAUUCACGAGGAGCAUUUGCCUGAUGUGAAUAAUCAUUACAAAGAUGGAAGCAAUGGAAAUCUUCUAUUGGCAAACAGUUUGUCUGAUGAAAAUCAAGAUCCUGCUGAUACUCACGAUCAGCUUCUACAAAUGGUUGUUGACCUCAGAUUUCAGAAUGAAUUCUUGAAGUCCCAGUUUGAGGGAUUUAGCAAUGUAAACAGUGUACAUAGUGACUCUAGUGUACAGAAAGGAGUUGGUGGGCUGGAAAAUGGGGAAUCUGACAUUGUUAAAGAACUUCAAGAAAGGAUAGAAUCGAUAAAUAAAGAACUUCUGGAAGAAAAGCAAACAAGAAUUGCAUCUGAAGAAGCUUUGAAGCACCUUCAAAUCACAUACUCUGAGACAGAAGCAAAGGCCCAAGAGCUCUCUGAAAAGCUUGCAGAAGCUCAAUCGAAGUUAGACCAAGAAAUAAAAGAGCAUGAAGAGAAGUACUCUGAACUUGACUCCAAGUUUAAUAGGCUUCACAAACGAGCAAAACAGCGCAUUCAAGAUAUUCAAAAGGAAAAAGAUGAUCUUGAGGCCCGAUUCUCUGAGGUGAAUGAAACUGCAGAGCGAGCAUCAUCCCAACAGUCAGCACUGCAACAAGAGUUAGAGCGCACAAGGAAGCAAGCGAAUGAAGCAUUGAAAGCCAUGGAUAUUGAUAGGCAACAAUUAAGAAGUGCAAACAACAAACUUCGAGAUACCAUUGAGGAUUUACGGAGUUCAUUGCAACCUAAGGAGAGUGCUCUUGAGGCAUUACAACUGUCACUUGCAGAAAAGGAACAGAUGUUGGAAGAUAUGAGAGGGUUGCUUCAGGCUGCUGACGAAAAAAGGCAAGCUGCACUAGCUGAGCUCUCAGCCAAACAUCAAAAGAAUAUAGAGAGUUUGGAGGCUCAACUUAAUGAUGCAUGGUCUGAUAGAAGUAAGGCAACUGAAUCCAUAUCUUCACUGCAGGUUCUAGUUGCAGAGAAAGAAUCUAUAAUUGCAGAGAUGGAGGCAGCAUCAACUGGGGAAGCGGCACGGCUCAGAGCAGCUGUGGAAAGUGUGAAGGGGGAGCUUUCUCAUCUAAAACAGGAGCAUGAAAAAGAAAGGGAAAGUUGGGAGACUGCAACUCAGGCACUUAGAACAAAACUUGAAAUUGCAGAGAGCAACUGCAUACGGGCAGAAGUUGAAGUAGCAAAAAUAAGAAGUCAGCUGGAUUCGGAAGUAUCUACACAAGCCAGGAUCCUCAGUACGAGAGAUGCUGAAUUGUUGGCUGCCAAGGAAGAGAUCAGAUGUCUUGAGAGGGAAUUUUCUUCAUACAAGGCCCGUGCACAUGCACUUCUUCAAAAGAAGGAUGCAGAACUGGCUGCAGCUAAAGACUCUGAUCAACUCAAAGCUCUUGAAGAAAAUCUAAAAGAGGCUGAAAAUGAAGUAUUAUCAAUAACAGAAGAAAGGGAAAGAGUUCUUCAGGAUCUUCAAUCUGCUAUGGCUAAUCAUGAGAAAGAACUUGCAGAAAGAGACACAGCCCUUGAAAAUGCUAAGCAACAGAUAAGGAAUUUAGAAAUAAAGCUUGACUCAGGUAAUGCUCAACAUCUAAAAGAGAAAGAGGAAUGGGGACAAAGCCUUCAAAAUGUAGAAGAAACAUGGCGAAUCAGAUGCGAGGCAAUGAAGGCCGAAAAUGAAGCAACUGCUGCAGAAGAUAAGCAAAAGGAAUUUGAAGAGCUCAAACAUCGAUUUAAAAAAUUGAAGGAAGAGCAUGCUUCAUUUCAUGAUCUUGCUGAUAGAAUGAUUGAAGACAAAGAUAAUGAAAUAUCCAGACUUGUAGAUGAAAAUAAGAAUCUUCGUCUUUCUCUUCAAUCAAGACCGCCAGUCGAUCAAAAUGAUAAGUAUAGCACAGCCUUGCAUAAAUUGGAUUCAACAAAUUUAAGUCCCUCAGCUGCAGAACAGCAAAUUCUGCUUUUGGCUAGACAACAAGCUCAAAGAGAGGAAGAGCUAGCACGGUCACAGCGCCAUAUUUUAGCUCUUCAAGAAGAAAUUGAGGAGCUUGAACGUGAGAAUCGUCUCCACAGUCAACAGGAAGCAAUGUUAAAGACUGAGCUUCGUAGCAUGGAAAGAACGAAGAAAAGGGAGGGUGUAGAUAUGACAUAUUUGAAAAAUGUUAUCUUAAAGCUUCUUGAGACAGGUGAAGUGGAGGUAUUGCUACCAGUUAUUGGAAUGCUGCUUCAGUUUAGUCCGGAAGAGAUUCAGAAGUGCCAGCAGGCAUAUCACAGCUCAAGAGAUGUUCCACAAAGUCCUGCAAGUGAUGCUUCAGGAUCCGGCCUAUCUCUUUUCUCAAGAUUCUCAUUUUCUUGAUGGCAUAAAUGGGAGUGCUGGAGAACUGUUUCGUUGCUGAUAGAAUGUCUGCUUCUGCCUUACAGCUCUAGGAGUAUGUUUGUUUGCUUACUGUACUGAGAAAGCAGGUUUGUAUCUGUAAAUUAGAAGGAAAAAAAAAAAAAAGGUUACAACAGCAAAUGCUCAAUGCAAGUGUUUGGAAGCUGACAAGCUGUAAAGAAACAUCAAGGGUAAUAUACAACAAAUAUAACAACAGGGAGGGAGGACUCACGGGAUGUUCUGCCUGUUGUUUUGUCGAGGGAGCAACAAUAUAAUUCAUUUUUUCUCAUUGAAUAUGUUGAGUUGAAAAGUAUAGAAAACUGUAUUAUAUUUCUUGAUAUAUUUAAUUUUCAAUUUGACAAUGCCAAAGGAAUGAUAAUUCUCCUUGAAUUCAUACUAGCUUUGCAAGUAAUAA